UAUAUUUUUUUGGUUAGACCUCGGUCGGAUUUUUGGUUAGACUUUUGGUUAGACCUGUUGUCCCAGAUUUUUUCGUAUUGCAGAAAAAGCUUUACAAUAUGUCUAGUUGCCUUCCUGCUAUACAUUUUUUGGUUAGACCUGGGUUGGAUUUUUGGUUAGACUUUACUGUCCCAGAUUUUUUUGUAUAGGAGGAAAAGCUUUACAAUAUGUCUAGUUGCUUUCCUGUUAAAAAUUUUUGGUUAGAGCAUGAAUGGCUUAAAUCAUCGAAUGAAUCCAUUUUAGAGUAUCAUAAAAAUAGUAUGCCACAAUGGAUUGCUGAAUUCUAUCAAGUAAUAACAUAUUGGGAAUCAAAGUUAGAUGGUCUGGGGAUAGAAAAACAGCAACAGAGGUUUCAAGAAGAAAUACUGGAUGAAGGAUCUAAUUGUCAACAGGGAAGAAUGGAAGAAGAAAGUAACCCAAAUGAGACGAAAACACUGAGCGAAGAAUCUAAUCGUCAACAGGAAAGAAUAGAAGAAGAAAGUAAUUUGAAUAAGAUGAGUGACAAGACCAAUAAGUCAACUAGCAAAUCAUCAUCAAAUAAACAAAAGCAGCAAAGGUUUCAAGAAGAAAUACCAAGUGAAGGAUCUAAGCGUCAAUGGGAAAAAAUGGAAGAAAAAAAAGAAAGUGAUCCAAAUGAGACAAGUGACAAGACCAAUAAGUUGACUAGCAAAUUGGCACCCAUCAAGUCGAUCCUCAAAUCUGCAAAGUUGACUAAGCUGACUCAAGAAGAGUCUGACGAUAAGGUUAUAGAAAUUGAACCACUAAAUAUUCCUAAAGUGGUUAAAGAUGAUCAAGGUAAUGAAAAGAUGAUUGAUAAUGACGAUACUGAUUUAGAAAUAGGUACAAUUUUGACUUCAUUCAUAUAG